UUAACAUCUAUUAUUCUAUAAGUACUCUGUACUACCUAAGUAGUGAUAUUCAGCAAGAGUCCAUUAACAAUAUACUGGAGACAUGACGUAUAUAUAGGUACCUAGUCGUAGUUCUUAAAACUUAAUAGCGCUGUGUACAUAUUUUUAUCAUUUAUGACUUUUGUAAAGUCAAAUUCGCUUAUAACUAUGACGGAUGCUCAGAUACAAUGAUAUCCCCGGUAUAACGAUUUCCAAAUAAAUUACUAUUAUAUAUUUUAGCAGGUAUAUAAUCAUAGUGAGUACCCAAUUUUUUAGUAGUUGAAUUCGUGGAAUGUUGGAUUUCGUCCGAUCAGAUUGGCUAUCACGAAGUCUAUGGGUUUAACGAUCUGAAAAUCAUUAUAAACAAAUCCAUCUGACCAUCAGCUGCAUAUUUAAAUUGCGAAUAAUUUACUUUCAUUUGAAUAUAACUUUCUUAUUACGGAUAUCGAUAUGAAGUGUUUUUACUUACUUAUUAUGCUCUUGCUAUUACAAGUUGUGUAUUAUAAACGGAUAAUUGCCCGAGACGCUGUAAUAAAUAUGAAACAAUCAUUUUUUCAACCAUUGGAUGAACUUCCGCCAUCAUGUCACAGUAAAAUUUACUGCAAUAGCGAAUUUUUGCAUGAUGUACAAAUAUAUUGCGAUCACCCAAACUGUACAAAUUUUAAAUCUAAAAAACUUAAAUAUACUGAAUCUGAGAUUCUGGUAAAAUAUGAUCAAAUGAAACGAAAUACUAAUAAUGUACCGUCUGAUGAAGAUUUAGUCAAGUUUAUCGAUGAAAAUUUUGAAGAAAGUAACGAGUUAAUUAAAUGGACACCAACAGAUUUCACCGAUAAACCAUCGAUUCUUAAUCGAAUUAAAGAUAAAACUUACAUAUAUUGGGCUAGAGCGUUGAAUGAUGUAUGGAUGACCCUAGCAAGGAAGAUAAAGGAUGACGUAAAAAUACAUCCAGAUAAGUACUCACUGGUAUGGGUACCAAAUGGGUUCAUUAUACCAGGGGGUAUAUUUAAGGAACUUUACUAUUGGGAUACUUAUUGGAUUGUUAAUGGAUUACUGCAAUGUGAUAUGAGAACCACAGCUCGUGGUAUCAUUGAAAAUAUAAUAUCAUUGGUGGAUCAGUUUGGUUUCAUGCCCAACGGUAACCGAGUUUUCUAUCUAAAUAGAUCACAACCACCGAUGCUUAUAUUGAUGGCAUUAAGUUACUAUAAAGCAACUAAUGACUUUGACUUCAUAAAAACCGUUAUAGGUAGUUUGGAAAAUGAAUAUCUAUUUUGGUUGAAAAAUCGAAUGGUUACCUUUGAGAAAGAUGGUAAACAAUAUACAAUGGCUAGAUACAGCUCAAGGUCAAGUGGACCAAGACCCGAAUCAUACAGGAACGAUUAUAAAUUGGCAGAAAAACAUCAGAGAUCAGAAGAUAAAAAUGAAUUAUACAUACACGUAAAGUCUGCGGCAGAAUCUGGUUGGGACUUUUCAAGCAGAUGGUUCAUAACAGUCAAUGGCACUAAUAGCGGUAAUUUAUCUGAUAUACAAACGGCAAACAUUGUCCCAGUCGACUUAAACAGCAUGCUUCAUGUAAAUGCACUUACAUUGAGUACUUGGUUUGAUCAAAUGGGAGAUGAAAUAAAUGCUGCCAAAUAUAGAACAAUUGCUAAUGGGUUUCUCGAAAAUAUACAAGAAGUUAUGUGGAAACCAAACAAAGGAGCUUGGUUUGAUUGGGAUUUGAUCAACAAUAAGAGUCGAGAAUAUUUUUAUGCAUCGAAUAUUGUACCUCUGUGGACGGAAAGCUAUAACAUGCCAAAAGAAAAAGUGGCCAAUGCAGUUCUGAAAUAUUUGAGUGAUCAACGUAUAAUCGAGCUUGAUUACAGUAUUAAAUACAAUGGAAUACCUACGUCAAAGUACUCAUCAUCUCAACAAUGGGAUUUCCCGAAUGCGUGGCCUCCUCUCCAAGCUUUUAUUAUACAAGGUCUGGAUAAGACUCAACAAAAAAAUGCAAAACAAGUUGCAGUGAAAUUAGCCGAGGUGUGGUUGCGCACAAAUUAUCGCGGAUUUACAAAUAACGAAUCGAUGUUCGAAAAAUAUGACGCUUUAGCUUCAGGAAUAAGUGGUGGUGGCGGCGAAUAUGCACCACAGUUAGGAUUCGGUUGGACAAAUGGUGUCGUGUUGGAAUUUUUAAAUCAAUGGGACUAUUUAUACUACAACACUUCAAACUAUGAUAAUACAACAGACUUAUAAACAAUAUUAUAUACCUACCUAAUGGCUAAUAUUAUAUUAUAUAAAUAAUAUAGGUAUUAUUUUUUUUUUAAUAGUUAUAUAUAUAUAUAUAUUUAUUUUAAGUUUUAGAUCUAGUACCUAGUAAACCUACAUACCUAUAAACAUUAGUAUUAGUACUUAGUAUUCAUAAUCAAUGCUAUGACAGAUAAAUAUUCCUAUAUUUUUUUUUUUUUUUACUGAGCUUGAGCUCUGCAACUUAGGCCAUUAGCUGUUGGUUUUUUUUUGUUUGUAUGUAGGUGGUUAGUAGGGGGAGGAACAGUUGAAAACACGUUUUGUUAUGUGUGGCAAGGACUCGUUUCUAAAAAUCCCGGGUGAUCACCCAUCCGGGAACUAGCAACGCCGGUCGUUACGUACACUCAAUGCGUUUCCGCAGUUGAGUGUACGCACUGCGCCACACCAAGCCACUCGUAUAUUUUUAUAUAACAAGUUGAGGGGUAUUCACUUUAAUUGAAUUAUCUAAAUAAAGUUUAAAAUCACAUUUUAAUUUAUAAAUAAACGAUAUCUACUGGUGAUUAAUGAAUCAUACUGUAGUAAAAAUGUAAACGUUGUAAAAAUAAAAUAGAUAAAUACAUGGCUAGAGGGCUAUAAUUUGUAUCAGUUGGAGCCUGGCGGUCUGCGUCGGGCGCAUUGUGCUGUCCUGAGAUCCGGACCAGGCCCGUCGUUAAAUAUUUUCUGCCCUAAAGCAAACCGUUUAAUGCCGCUAAAUGGUGCUAAUAUUUUUUACCGAUAUUUAUUUAAUUUUGCCACCUUCAAUUUUUUUUUAAAUUGUAUGCCACCUUAAAGCAACACAUGACUUGCUUGUGCCCUAACGACGAGCCUGAUCUGGAGUCUGGACUGAUCUUGAUGUUUUAUAUUGUUAAAAUAAAAGAAUCGUUCAUGUA